GACCUGCAGCUGUAUCUCCAUGCCCGGCUCACAGCCCACUAUGUCCCAUAUCCAGGUACCAUUCCCCUCGGCAUCCCCCCUCAAAAGCCCCACCACCCUUUCAACAGCUUCCUCAGACGAUGACUAUCCUACCAUCAGCUAUCCAGAUCACGGCGAUGAGAGCACUAACAACACUCCCAGAGCCAGCUCAGGCAAUAUAUCAUCACAGCCUUCCAGAGGAGUUUCUUCAAGCUCAGCCUCUGUGCGAGAUACUCUUCUACCUAUACAACCCAUGCCAGACUCUUUACUACUCAAACACACCUUUUCAGCUCUCGACGGUUCAGCCACCACUCUCAAACGUUUUUCAAAAUCAGUCCUUGCCUAUGCUGCCGUCGUGCAUACUCUGUCAGAGCAGCUUGAGAAAGCCGAAGAUGAUUUAUUUGGUGCCGUCGGCGAAUUAGGUCUGUGGCUGGAGACGGGAUACGGUGUGCAAACAGACAAACAGAAAGGCGGCGUCUGGGACCAAGACGGAAUUCGGAAAGUGAACCGAGAAAAGCGACGGAGAGAAAGGGAAGAGAUGAACGUGAGAGUUGAGCAGGGUUUGAAAGAUGUGAAGGCUCAUCUGAAAAGGCGAGGUCUCGCUGGUGGUGGUGCCCAAACCAAGUACGAGUCAUCAGCCAAGCAAUUCUACCAUGCCACAGGUGUCUAUCUCGCCCCACAAUCACCUACUCUUCCCUCACAUACUCAACAAACCUCUGGAUCUUCGGCCCCUGCGUCUGGCAAUCUUCAACCUGCCCAUGAUAUGGCCCAAUCUGUGCGACUUGCCCAGUGGGAUCUCACUCGGUAUACACACCAUUCUCUUUUACUAUCUGCCGUCCCACCCAGCUCGGAAGAGUGUUUGAACCUCCUUGUCGCGCUUUACGGUUGGGUAGCUAGUAUGCUGAACGAGCAGCCUGGUUUUGUUAAGGAGAUCGACGAAGAUGCCCUGGCUGCUAUACGGCAGUCAUCACAUGUACGACCCCAUCAGCUUCGCAGAUCAUCCUCUCCUGCACAAUCUAAUCAACAAUUGAAAUCUACUCUUUCUUCUUGUUUAUCACAACUCUCCAACACCCGAGCUAGUUUGCUUUCAGCGUGGGCUCGAAGGGAUGACCAAACUCGACUCUUGCAAGAGGCCGCUGCAAAACGGCAGAGCGAAUACGAAUCGAUAUGCGCUGAUGAGCCAUCUGGCGCCAAACUGGGGGAAGGUCUUGGACUGGGGAAUAUCGGCAGUGGAAAUGCAAUGGCCAGUGUCUCCUCUUCUGGAGUGGAACACAAGAAGCAAAAGAAACACAAGUUUGGUCGGUCUAUGGGUGGUCGUCUAAAAGAUUUCCUUUCUUCUUCUAGCAGCUCUCACUCUGUCGCUGCCAUUUCUCCAGUAUCCGAAAGACCGUUUAGAGCCAGUUUUGAUGGCUACAUGCGGACUGACAGGCGGAACGAGGGUGUUACUCGAGUGUCAACAACAGGCAUCGUCAAGCUGCCUACCCACUCGGAAGUGCUUGAUCAACCAACCAUAGUCACUUCCCCCACCUUCAUCUCCCCUACCACCGCCUCUACACCUGCAAUCAUGAAUUCUCCACUCAGCGCGUUUACCCCGACGUCACCCACACUUACCGUCCCAUACCCUUCAGGAGCCUCCAGCAUGCCUCCUCCACCGCCCCCCAAAGAAUACGCCCGUCCUUAUAUGCCAUCCCGACAUUCUGUCCAUAUGCCAAGUGGUGACUACAUCUCUCCCUAUAUCGCCUCUACCUCGGCUUCUGGGUCAAGUGAUUAUGAUGCCUCUCUUCGUCUUCCUUCGCCGUUUGAGAGCAGUCCCGACUUGCGUCUCAGUGUCGGCUCGGGCGAUAAAGUGAGACACAGCAUGGACAGCUCUCGGCCCGUAAGCGGUACUAGCUAUUCACGCACCAGCCCCAACCCGAGUAUGACGUCCGUCUCCCCGCACCCUGUACCGAAGAUUGGUCUCGGACAUCCGAGUGCAGCUGCUAUCCUUGGCACAGUAAAUGUGGGUGUCGGUGGUGUGGGAGGGCUAGGCGCAGGAGGAGACGAGGAUGAAUUGAGAGAAGAAGCUGGACGGAAGAAGGAGGGUGUUCUAUGGGGAUUAGGGACGUGGGAAGGACUGACAAAAGGGAGUGGGUCAAAGGGCAAAUGGGAAAAGUACUGGGUCGUUUUGGACCAUUCAAGUAUCUACGAAUAUCGGGAUAUUUCCGGUCCGCCAGGAGGAGCGCAUGCGGUGAUUGACCUCAAAUUUGCUAGUGUACGUGAGGGAAGAGGGACGGAUAGGCGGUUCGUAUUUGAGAUUGUUACCCCUUCACAAGGACGACGAUUAUACCAAGCUACCUCUGACCAAGAGAUGAAGCAAUGGCUCUAUGCCAUCUGCAAUGCUAUUGAAUCAUGUAUCAACGGUACUUCCACCGUUCGCACUAUCGAUCAAGCCAAAGCUCGGGGACCAUCAGGUGCAUACGACGACCACGCUCUCCCCGCCCGCUCCAAAUACAACCUCGGAUUUUCCGCCCGCAACCUGAGUCUCGGCUUUGUUCCGCUCAUCCAGACUGGCCGUAAGUCAAUGCCCUCUACACCUGUAGAAGCGACAAGUGGAGAAGCGAGGAUUAGGAAGACGAGCUUGAAAAAAGUGUUGAAGCAGAGUGGAGAGAGAUUUACGAAUGCCAUGACCGGCGCGACAAGUAGCAUCAACUUAGCGGCGCACAUGGCUGACCAACCGUCCGAAAAGGCGAAACGCAACUCAUUCGGUGGCCUUGAGGUUCCUCGACCGACGUUUGGGAGGGCUGGCAGUCGCCAAAGUUUACCUGCCUCUGCUCCUGAUAGACAACCUCUUCAGCAACAAUUCAACCAGCUUCUGCCUCCGAUUAGCACCCCUCCUGGAGCCAAAUCUUCGUGGGCGGAUAACGAUAUCGAGAAUCGUGUACUGGAAAUGGCUGGUCUCGGUCUAGGCGCCUCACCUCCUUCCCGCUCCGGCGGCGGACACGGGGUACUGUCUCUUGCCGAAAGCCCAAGCAGUGCCAAACGCCGAGUUAAGAGUGAAGCUAUCAGGAAACCUCACGCAAACAAGCAUAAGCUGGCUCAGCAUCAAGGUGGUGAAGGGUUGACAAGAUCGAAGAGUGAUGAUGGGUCGACAAUGUUGGCGGAGGAUUUGGCCGAUGAUAAAAAGGAAUUGAAGAAGAUUGCAUCUGAAGAAGGGAACGCGAGAUGUGCGGACUGUCAUGGUGGGAUGAAGGCGAGUCGAUGGGCAACUAUCAGCUUGCACAAUACUCCUAUCGUGCUCUUCCUUUGUAUCCGCUGUAUCGGUAUACACAGAUCGCUGGGAACUCACAUUUCCAAAGCAAGAAGUGUCGACAUGGAUAACUGGACCCCGGAACAGAUCGCUCUAGCCCGAGAGUGGGGUAAUAUUCGAGGGAACGCUGUAUGGGAAGCAACCAGAGGGGAUGAAGAACCGAGACCGCUAGGGCCGGAAGGGAUGAAGGAAUUUGUCAAACAAAAGUAUGUUGAGGGAAGAUGGUUGAGGCCAGAUGAUAGACUGAGGUUUGGGUUUGGUCCCAAAGUUUAAUGGAGGCGCGUUUUUAUGACAUUUUCAGAUGGCGAUUAAUGGAGAUGAGUAUCUAAUGGACUUUUGUUUUGAUUGACAUUCCUCAUUUAUAAUAUCUAUGAUCAUCAUGUAGUAAGAAGAGAAACGACGAGAUGACAGCUAUGAUAGAC